AUGACGCUCUACUACACCCUGGUGUUCAUGCUCCUUAUGGCGGAGAUGGCGCUAUUUAUGUUCCUCAUCGUUCCGAUGCCAUUCUCCCUCAAGAGACGGGUGUUCACCUUCAUCUCCGAGAAUCCCAUAGUCGCGAAGUUACAAUACGGGCUGAAAAUCACCUUCAUCUUCAUCCUGAUCCUCUUCAUCGACAGCGUUAACCGUGUGUACCGCGUCCAAGUUGAGCUCUCCUCCGUUACCGAGGGCGGAAACAAUGCACAAGCCAUCAUGGGCCACGAGCGUCUCGAGGUGCAAGCCAGGAAGUUCUACUCGCAGCGCAACAUGUACCUGUGCGGCUUCACGCUGUUCCUGUCGCUGAUCCUGAACCGCACGUACAUCAUGAUCCUGGAGGUGCUGCGGCUCGAGGAGAAGCUGAAGCAGUACGAGGGCACCGACAAGAACGCCAAGCAGUCCGAGAAGCUGUCGCAGGCCGGAGGGGCCGGCGAGAUCGCGGGCCUCAAGCGUCAGCUCGCCAAGAAGGACCAGGACAUCGAGACCCUCAAGAAGCAGGCCGAGGGCCUCCACCGCGAAUACAACGAGCUGGCCGAGAAGGUCGGCAACUCGGACGCCUUGCCCAAGAAGGACAAAUAG